UGCAUUUAGGAAGGCAACAACUGGUGGCCGGCGCUCCGCACUGGCUACAAUGGCUAACCUUUUGAUGCAGCUGGCAUCAAUAUGUAUGCUUUUGCUCUUCAUUUCCCACCGAUCUGAGGCAGAGGUAGUGACCUACGACACUGCUAGUUCAUCUACCAGUCAUGAUUUCUGGACAACGACAUGGAACUACACCGUUUCUCCAGGAAGGGACGGAGGAGUCUUCAAAAUCAUGAGACUGAAUUUGACGGAUUCCUCGCUCAUCUUCUUUAAUUGGCCCUCUGGAAAUACCGUUUGCCCGGACAAAAUGGAGGACAUUUUACGGGAAGAUGUCGUUAAGGUGUACGAUGAGACCACGAAGAUUGGUAGAACGGACCCACCCGACAUCUUCCGCGUCCAGUCCGGCAGCGUCUUAUGUUUCAUGAAGUUGGAGCGCAAACGGUAUGGGGACCGUGGCGAGUUUGUGUACAUUCACAAAGACAAUGGUGCCUCCUCUAGCGCAACGACCAGACACCCAGUGUAUUUCAAAUACAAGAUACAGUACUCGUUCCGAUCAGCAUAUAAGGAAAGGUGUAUGGCUAUACCAAGUGGCCGCAAUGUGGCUUUUGAGAUGAAUGGAGGUAUGAGCGACAUAAAAUCGUUGAACAACGUUAAAGUAUUCUACACUGAACGAUACAGGUCCGGAAGGAGAUCGGGCGAGCUGCACACUCUUAUCCAUCUGACGAGUAGAACGCCGGCGUCCUCUUAUAAACGUCUUCACGUCCUUCCAACGGGCUAUAGAAGAGAGCCAGAGAGAAUUUGCUUCGCAUAUGAAGUGAUCAACGGAACAAGGGAGGAUUUCAAAGACAAUGUCACUUUUCUCAUCACAGUAUUCAGAAUGUGCAGUAUGAAUAUGACCGAACCAAGUGGGUUACUCACCACUCAGAACUACCCCGACCCGCUUUAUAACCGUGCUAACUGUACUACUCACAUCACGGCACUGCCUGGUCAGAGGAUUUCCCUGUCAUUUCUGGACGCGAAAAUCGACUGCAACCACGGCUACGUCAUGCUCCGUUCCCAGAACAGACCUGCGGUAAUGCUGUGCGGGGGUUCUCUGAAGGCCAAUGCCAGCUAUUUAAGCGAGUCCAACACGCUUUCUCUUCAAGUGAGGAACAAAGGACGUCAAGCGACGGAUAGGGGCUAUUUCGUCAAAUACAAAGCCAUUGGAUGUGGCAUUCGGGACGCCAUACUUCCGCCUCAUUCGCGGAUACUGAAUGACAACGUGGGCUUCAUCCACACACAUUUCAAGAUGAGGGUCGGGUGUGAGCAUGGUUACGUAUUUCCUACUCUGGAAAGAGAGAUCACACUAGAAUGUAGAGAAAACAGAACCUGGGAUAGGCACGUGCCAAUUUGCGUUGAGCAUUCGUUUUGCAACAAAACAUUGACUGCUUCGAACGGCACCAUCGAAAGUCCAUCGUAUCCGAACGCAUUCCCGAAGGAUACUACUUGCGAGUGGAAGAUCCAGGUAAAGAAAGGUCAGAACAUAAAAGUGACAGUCGUCGAUUUGAGUGCAUUCUGUAAAGAUAACUUUCUGCUCAUCGACUCGGCGGCAAAAGGGUCUACGGAUGGUCGGUAUCACAGGUACGUCCUGUGCAGUAACGGCGGCGACUACGUGAGUGAAAGCUAUUAUACGUGGGACAACGAGGUGUCAGUCUUAUUCAAGUCAAACUUUUUGAAAGAUUCCGGAUAUUUCAGGAUCAAGUACGAAGCAACUGGGUGCAGCAUGGAGCAGUUUCCAACCAACAGAUACAAAAUAAUUGAGCACUACUCUUUGUACUACGAAGUCGGUUCUAAGCUCAAGUUUGACUGUCCUAUCGAGAGUCAGUAUUUCUUGGAUGGAGAAUCGGAGCAUUACCUGACUUGUGGGGCAGAUGGAAAAUUUAGCGGGACUUUCCCGCUCUGCUCACCGGCAGAGUGAGCUAAACAUGAGACGAGAGGUGAUACGGUGACAGUGCAUGCUUUUAUGUAAUCAUUUAUGUAAGCAAUCAGAGAAGGCUUUUGGUAAUGUAUAUAGCUGAGGAAACCGGAGACACCGAAGGGAAGUUACAAUGUCGCCCUAUAUAAAUCAUCGCAUCAGACAUAUACUCUGGCCGAGAGUUGAACCAAGACCACUAAUGUUGCGGCGUUGCGCGGCAUUGAUGCCAAUUUCGAGCAUUAAUCUUUUAAGUCUAUUAGUGAGGUUUUUGCACCGUUUCGAAAACUGGCAGGGCAUCAGCGACGGUCAGAGUAUUGUCAAUGCACAUGUAGAUUUACACCAUUAUGACCGCUGAUGAUACCCUGUUUUCAGUGCAAAAACGUCACGAAGUUGACUAACAGACAUUUCAAAUGCCAUACAUAAAUAAUAGGCUCUCAUACCAUUCAUAUGUAGGCCUAGUCAAUAGGCCUUACGGACCUGUUGUUUAGACCGGUUUCCUGACCAAAAAUCCUACCUAAGAGUUGAAUAGUGUGGACUCAGUAUACUCAGUGAGUGCAAAAAUAUAGUUAAUAAAUGCAGUUGAAAUAAUCAAAAGAUCAAAUUCUGUGAUUUUUUUAUCUUCAUCGACACGUUUUGAUACAAUGAACGACAUGAUAUGCACUCAUCACGGUAAAAUACUUUCUGUUAUUGAGUUAGCUUCAAUUCAUUUACCGUUGAACUUAUCGGAUUGCAUUUGCCUGGAUGAUUUCAUUACAUAUUCAGUAUUCCCUGCAAACAAACUGUGCUGAUAAUGCUCAAUAAAAAAUAAUUAUUUUGAAAAAUCAAAAACAAGCUUUUUACACAGUGCUUUAACAAGAUUACUAACAAACAAAUAUAGAAAUAUAUAACCACGACCGAAUAGUUGAGUGCUCAUCUUUGCGACCAAUUAUGAUAAAAAUUGAGAAUAGAUUUGCAUUGAUUUCCCUCCUACAAAAACCGAAGAAGCUAAGUUAUUAUUGUAGCCAGUAUGAUGAUGAGUCAAGUGCAACACUCUAAAAAGCCCUCAAACUAAAACCUGAGUUUCGGCACUUGGAGAGACUCUAUUUCUCAUUUAUCCUCCCCCCGUAUGGAAUAUGAAGCCGUAAUAUUUGAUUCAGCAAAUGUUAGUACAUUGUCUAGACUUGACCAGAUUCAUUAUAGGGUUGGCCUGAUAGUCGGCAGUUGUAUUCAAGGUACUGGUGGUAAUCAAGUCUAUAAAUCACUUGACUGGAUUACACUUUCUCAGAGGCGAUAUGAGAAAAAAUACUUUUUAUGUGUGAUAUAACUCGUUUAAGAGAUCCUACCUAUGUAAUUCCUACUGAAUGUUGAUAGUUAUAGAAACCCAGUGUAUGAUGGAAGACACAGUAAUCAGCAACCAUCCAGUCUUCGUACAGGAGUAUAUAUCACAAAGAUUCACAAAAUCCACUUUUCCCAGUGCAAUUAACCUGGCUAUCUUUGUCAAAGGGUGUGAGAGACUAUUAUACAAGAAACUCCUUCGAAUUCAACACUUGUGUGUACAUGAAAGGGUGGAAAAGCUACUUGGUGACUACUGAAUUGAAACUUUCACGUAGGGAAGAAAAUCUUUUCAAUAAAACUCGCUGUGAUCUCAUUAUUCAGGAACCACCUGUUUACCCGUAAUUUUUCGAACAUUUUUGAUCUCCCCUGUCCGCGCGGUUUCAGCAAACAUCUUUCUUCAGUUGCCCUAGCUCUUACUCGCACUUGUCCAUGACCUAUUAGUGUACUGCCAUCUUUUACCACCCAAUAUGGUUCUCUGCGUGGCACUGAGGACAAGUUGCAGGCCUUACUCUAUAGUUUCAUUAAUUUCACAAAAGCCACUAAUAUCCAGGCUAUAUGGUUAGCGUCAACAGGUUUAUCCACAAUAUUUGCACUAUUGUUAAUAUAAAUUAGUCUCCUUUUAUGUUGUUUGGUCCCUUCCGUUCUUCUGCUUUCCUGCAACUUUUUGUCGUUCUCACUCAGAGCUCCAGUGCAGUUAUUCCUGCUUAUGCGUCCCUUUAAGCCAAUGUAAUUUGUAAUUUUACUUCUGUCCAGGGCUGCUAAUGCUUGUAAGCAAUAUCCCUGGGUUUGUUCACAUUGGAAGUUAUCAAUAAAAAUCUAUAUAUAUAUAGUAUAUAUAUCAUGAUGA